GAGCGCGGCUCGGCGGCGCAGUGGGCCGUGCUCACGGUCCGUGCUCGCACGUACGCCACCACGCGCGCCACGACACGCCACACGCGCCACACGCCAUGGCCGAGCCCACGCAGAACGCCAUCCUGCGCAUCAGCGACGAAAAGACGCUACUACUCAUAGAACUGUACCACAGAGAAGAGUGCCUUUGGAACACCAGCCUCGAAGACUAUAAGAACAGAGAGAAACGAUCCGAAGCCGUCGCGCGCAUUGCUAAAGAACUCAAAAUCAAAAACUUCGGCCCGCGGCACGUCGUUAUUAAAUUCAAGAAUCUCAGAAACUCUUAUUGCCAGGAACUGAAGAAGAUGUCCAACAGCCUGAACGCCGCUAACGGGGAGGACUACGAAUGCUACAAGCCCAGAGUGUUCUGGUUUAACAAGAUGGACUCGUUUCUGAGACCCCAUUUGCAGUCGACGAAAAGUUUCGUACACAACUUGCCGCAUCUGGACACGGAGAGAGGCGACGAGGUCGAGGAGUGGGUGCAGAUGACCAACCCUGAGGACGUGCUACUGCCGGACACCAACUACUUGGAGCCUUCUUGUAGCGAAACCGACGAGUACGAGAUCCGUUCGCGGAAGAGAAACGUCUCAAGCGACACGCGGAGCUCGAAGCGGAUUCGAACCGAAGACUAUGAGCCAGGGAACCCCUCUCAGACGCUGAGGGACAUCUCAUCACAACUGACAGAGAUGUUGGCUCACAAUGACUGUUUCGAUAACUUCAGUAGAUACGUAGCGUCGUUGUUGAGGACCCUGCCGAUGCAGAAAGCACUGAUGCUGCAGUCGAAGAUCGUAGAGAUGAUAACGGCGGCGGGUAUCGAAGACUGCGAGAAUGAAACCGCUCAAUAUACAGACAAACGUCCCUUCCAGAGAUAAAUAAUUUCGAACAAAUAUUUUUUGACUUUAAGAUUACAUUAUGACUUAUUCUUGAUCCUUUUUCUAUCGUUAAUUUAAGGGACUUCUAAUGGUAGACAUAUUAAAUAGGCUGUCGUAAUAAGCUAUUAGGGGUCUCUUAAAGUAAAAAGGCGGUUGAUGAGAAAAAGGGAUUAUACUAUGUAGGUUAAGUGAACUUUUAUAAUAAUAAAUAAUUAUUUUUGUGAUA